AUGUCCGCAGCUCCAUUCGAACCAGAAUUUCAACAGGCUCAUGAUGAAAUUGUCUCUUCCUUGAGAGAUUCGACUCUUUUCCAAGUCAAGCCAGAGUAUGAGAAGGUGCUGAAGAUUGUCGCCGUGCCAGAGAGAAUCAUUCAGUUCAGAGUCUCCUGGGAGAACGACAAGGGUGAGCAAGAAGUGGCCACCGGUUUCAGAGUGCAGUACAACUCUGCUAAGGGUCCUUACAAAGGUGGCUUGCGUUUCCACCCAACCGUCAACCUAUCCAUCUUGAAGUUUUUGGGUUUUGAGCAGAUCUUCAAGAAUGCGUUGACCGGUUUGGACAUGGGUGGUGCCAAGGGUGGUCUUUGUGUCGACUUGAAAGGCAGAUCCGAUAACGAAAUCAGGAGAAUCUGUUCCUCUUUCAUGAGAGAAUUGAGCAAACACAUUGGUCAAGAUACCGAUGUGCCAGCAGGUGACAUUGGUGUCGGUGGUCGUGAAAUCGGUUACCUGUUCGGUGCUUACAGAGCUUACAGAAACUCCUGGGAAGGUGUCUUGACUGGUAAGGGCUUGAACUGGGGUGGUUCUUUGAUCAGACCAGAAGCCACUGGUUACGGUGUCAUCUACUUCACCCAAGCUAUGAUUGACUACGCUACAAAAGGAAAGGAAUCCUUCGAAGGUAAGCGUGUUGCCAUCUCAGGCAGUGGUAAUGUUGCUCAAUACGCUGCCUUGAAGGUCAUCGAGCUCGGCGGUAAGGUUGUCUCUUUGUCUGACUCCAAGGGUUGUAUCAUCUCCGAGUCCGGUAUUACCUCCGAACAAGUCAGCGCUAUUGCAGAUGCUAAGAUCAAAUUCAAGAGCCUAGAAGAAAUCGUUGGUGAAUUCUCUGCUUUCGCUGAGAACAAGGUCCAAUAUGUGGCUGGUGCUCGUCCAUGGACCCACGCUGGUAAGGUUGACAUCGCUUUGCCAUGUGCCACUCAAAACGAAGUUUCUGGUGACGAAGCCAAGGCACUGGUUGCCGCUGGAGUCAAGUUUGUUGCCGAAGGUUCCAACAUGGGUUGUACACCCGAAGCUAUCCAGGCUUUCGAAACUGCCCGUUUGACUGCUACCUCCAGCCAGGGUGCUGUUUGGUACGUCGGGGGUAAGGCCAGUAACUUGGGUGGUGUUUUGGUUUCUGGUCUUGAGAUGGCACAGAACUCUCAAAGAAUGACGUGGACCAGAGAAACUGUUGAUCAGGAAUUGAAGAGAGGUAUGAUCAACUGCUUCAACGACUGUAUUAAUGCUGCUCAAACUUACAGCAACGAAACCAACAAGGAAACUUUGCCAUCUUUGGUCAAGGGUGCCAACCUGGCCUCCUUCAUAAAGGUUGCUGACGCUAUGUUCGACCAAGGUGAUGUUUUCUAA